GUAUCGAACGAGCCUGGCAACCGCUACAACAUCCAGCUGAUUAACGCACUGGUGCUCUACGUAGGUACUCAAGCUAUUGCGCACAUUCACAACAAAGGCAGCACGCCCUCUAUGAGCACCAUUACCCACUCAGCUCACAUGGACAUCUUCCAGAAUUUGGCGGUAGACCUGGACACUGAAGGCCGGUACCUCUUCUUGAACGCAAUUGCCAAUCAGCUGCGGUAUCCCAACAGUCACACCCACUACUUCAGUUGCACCAUGCUGUACCUGUUCGCCGAGGCCAACACAGAGGCUAUCCAGGAGCAGAUCACGAGGGUUCUCUUGGAACGACUGAUUGUAAAUAGGCCUCAUCCCUGGGGUCUUCUUAUCACUUUCAUCGAGCUGAUAAAAAAUCCAGCAUUCAAGUUCUGGAACCACGAGUUUGUUCACUGCGCUCCAGAAAUCGAGAAGUUGUUCCAGUCAGUUGCACAGUGCUGCAUGGGGCAGAAGCAGGCCCAGCAAGUCAUGGAAGGGACUGGUGCCAGUUAGAUGAGCUGCAUCUCGUGCUGUAAGCGUGCCAGCCUGGAGCUCCCCGUCCCAUCGACCGACAGAAGACUCCGUAAGGCUCCUCCUGACCUUCCCAGCCCCCUUGAUCGGGUAGACGUGACAGACCCUGGGUGAAAGUCUUAUGCGGGCACGUUCCAAAGUUUGAAACAAAUUAUUGACUUUUGGCCAAAAUUCAGAAGAUGCUGUGAAUAUCAUUUUGAACUAGUGUAAAUACAAGGAACAGAAACGUUUGUCUGGACUUUUGGGUUUGUGCAAAUUUGUGUAAAAGGCAGGUGGGUAACUGGUGCCUGUCCGGCUUGUAAUAAAGGGGCAGCUGCUGAUGCCAAGCACUUGUCUGGGGCAGACCUCCUUGUCCUGACAUUCCCAGACUCCCAAAGAAUACUGAAAAGCCAGUUAUAAUAUUAUGUAACUUAUUUUUCUUUAUGUGGAUGGGGGACCUUUAAAUCACUAACUUGUUUUACAAAAGGAAACAAAAAAAAGGGUGGAUGUGUUUGGAAUAUGGGAAUACUCUGGAGUUAGGGGGAGGAGUGAGGAAGGGGCUACGGUUCAGUGUUGCUUUUCCCCCGCCCUUAUCAAAUGCUGACAGACAGCAGGUGGAGUGGCAGCCGGGGAAUGCCUCCCUUCUGUUGGAGAAGACACCUCAGGCCCUUUGGGAGAGGGUCAGCUCUUUUUAGUAAAGAAACCAGAGACCAGGCCUAUAGCUUCCUUUUUUUUUUUUGACACUUGUAAAUUUUGGAAA